CUACCAGAUUUAAUUUUGUGUGCGAGUAUUUUCAUUAUACGGAAUUGUGUUUUAUUAAAACUUUAUAGUUUUGAAAAAAAAAUUGUUUUUAAAUAUCUGCCAGUGCCAAAUGUCAUUGAGUUGAGGUGACGUUUAACGACAUUGACGUAAAACGAAAAAAAUUGACAACAGCUACAUUUGACAAUUAAUCUUUCAAAAUGGCGUUGAAGGUGCAAUGCGGUGUUUCCGCGGAAACGCGAAAGCUAGAAUCAUGAUUAAAAAACACCAAAUAACUUAUAAAAAAUGAUAGUGAUCGUGUGUUGGAUGUGUUUGUUUUAAAUUGAUUACCCAUUCUUACCCUGUGGUUUUUUCGUGAUCAGAAUUGAUCAGUUUCAGUCGUGUUUUUAAUUAGUAAUGUUGCGGCGAGUUAAUUUUUAUUCAAUAUGCAUUGCGUUCGGUCUCAGUGUUCUUUUAAUACUUGCUGGAAGUCGAUAUACAGAUAACACCAAUUACCGUCCAUCGGAGAGUCGCAGGAAUAUAAGAAACUUUCUCAAACCAAUCGAAGAUGUCGACGAGAGUUUGCUGCAGCCGAUCCCCACCAAUGCAGAUGACGGUACCCCUGACAUCGAUAAAAUAUUUGAUAGAACUCGUUUAAAAAUUAAACAUGAAUUAUGGAACUACAAUUUCACACAAUCCGGAGUUCAGAACCUUGAUGGUUUGCUCAUGGAGUCAGGGGGCCAACCUUUUAGGAGUUUGAUCAUAUCUACUUGGAGAUCGGGAACAACUUUUCUCGGGGAAGUUCUUAACGCUAUGCCAGGGAAUUUUUAUCAUUAUGAGCCUUUUUUAAACUUUGGCAUAGUCCAGAUAAGAGGCACUCCAGAGGCUGACAAGGCUUUGAAAACUAUUAAAAAGAUGUUCCAUUGUAACUUUGAUGGCAUGGAAGAUUAUUUUGAAUAUGGAAAAAGUCACUGGCAUCAAUUUAGCCAUAACACAAGACUGUGGGACCAUUGUAAAUAUAAGAAAGAAUUGUGUAUUGAUGCAGAUUUUACUUCCAGGUUUUGUAAGUUGUUUCCUUUUCAAAGUAUGAAAGUAGUACGUGUUAGGUUACGCCUUGUAAAGCAGUUGUUAGAAGAUAAAGAGCUUAAUCUGAAAGUAAUCCUAUUAAUAAGAGACCCUCGUGGUGUGAUGCAAUCAAGGCAGCACCGUAACUUCUGCCAGCCAGCACCAGACUGUUGGAAACCUGAACUACUCUGUGCCGACAUGAUCAGUGACUACGUAGCGGCUGCGAGACUCAAACAGGAGUACCCACACCGAUUUAUGGCUCUACGUUACGAAGAGCUGGCGCUAAAUCCAAACAGCACCACCUACGCGAUGCUGAAGUUCUUAGGCCUGGGUAUAACGCCGUCGAUCGACGAGUUUCUACACUCGCACACCAACGUCGAAGUUGCCGGCGUCAGUUCCACGUUCAGGGUGUCCCGCGAUGUGCCUUUCAGAUGGAAGAAUGUUCUAGAUUUUAACUACGUUGAUGAGAUACAGAUGACAUGCAAAGAGGCCAUGUCUCUGUGGGGAUACCGCAACGCACACAACGCCACCCACAUGACCAGCAAAGACUACAAUCCGCUCGACCAGUACUACCUUACGCAGUGAUAUCAUUUCGCCGAACAAUUUCGCCUAAUCACGUCUCGAACAAUUAGUUUUCAUGGAGCUCAUGUAUGGAGGUUAUUUUUUAGGUUACAACUCCAUUGUUUUCGUAAUACCAUAAGGUGAUGGACAAAGUUUGAAACUUUGAGUUAGUGUAAUAAGGAUGAAACAUUUUAUAGAUUUGUUUUGAUUUUUUAUAUUCUUUUAUAAUGUUUUUAUUUAAUCUAAGAAAAGUACAACGUGCGCUUUUAAUUUUUGUAUCUUUUUAAAUUAUUAAUGUUGUUUUAAGUUGCAAUAUAACAGUGAACAUAAAAUACAAGAUACAAGAAAAUUUUCCGAAGUUGUGAAGAUUUUUAGUUUUUUUUCUUACUAUAUGUUUUUUUGUAAAAUAUUUUAAAAGUUAGACACAUCAAUUUUGUCCAUCUCCUUCAAGCUGAUCAAAAAAAAUCUACUAAUUCAUAUAAAAAAAUCAAAAUCCACAUACUCAUUUAGAGCAUUAAAAUCGGGAAGAGAAUAAAAAGGCUUCAAAAAUAUUAGUAUUAGAAAGAAAAUGCUCGUAAAAUAAUCGUAACUUUUACUAUUUCCAAUGUAAGUACAUGACAUUGAAUUGAUAUUUUUUAUUACAUAUCGUAUAUUAAAUAGUUGUAUUACUUAAGUUGUUUUAGUCAUUGUUUUGAGGUUGAAUGUUAGCUGUAAUCGUUAGUUUAUUUUGUAAGACUGAAAAUAUCUUGUUUAUAACAUUUAUAAAGAUAGCGCGUCGCUAUUUGACAAAUGGCGUAAUAUUAAGCAUUAAACAAAUGGAGGACAGAACAAAUAUGAGGCUUUUGUAUGAUCUGUUUAACUUGAUAUUAUUUUUUAGUUGGGUACCAAGAUAUAUCAGAAAACGACGUAGACAGAAUAUGAAAUAGACGCUUGAUAGGCGUACUGUUGUCCGUCUAAAGCGAUUCGAUUUUUAUUGCAAUUUCUCAUCUUUACACACUACACUGAAUCAUUUUUUUUUAACUAACUGAUUAAUUUAUAAUUUGCUACUAGUUAAAGCUGUAAUUUAGUGCUCAAAAUUUCAUUUUUAUAUAAAGUAUAUAUUUUUUUAAUACAUAAAAGCAUUACAGUAUCACUGAAUGACAGUUGUCAAACUUGAUUUCUAGGCUGUCUCCUCUUCAUGUGUAAAAAAUCCUAUUAUUUUAUUAUCUUAUCAAACAGCACGGAGCACCAAAUAUCGAAUCGCCUGUCUCGUUACUUUACACAAUCCAAGCAUAAGUUGUUCUCUUUUUAAGUUAAUGCGACGGUUGUUAUCUAUGCGUCUAUUACUUUAUCUGUCUACGAACUGUCGUCCUGACGUCUCUGUGCUUAAUGAUUCUUUGUAAAGUUUUGCUGUUGCUAUCUAAUGCCAUCUCUCUCUAGUUCAUGUAAAUUUUGUGAAGACAAAUGAAACGGGUAUAAUACCGCAUUGCAGAUAGACAAUAUAGAGGUUACGUGAACCUACACUUACGCACUGCAACGCGUUAUCGAAUUACACCUGUUUGAAACAAAAUUAAAAAUAUUGCCUAACCAGAAAUAUAAAGAACCUGGUUUGGCGGCAAAACAGUGUUUUUAGCAGUCUGUGUUAGUAGUUAGAAAAAAAAGGAAAGUAGUUUUUUCGAUUAGCAUUAAUGGAAAAAAAUUACUUUCCAUUUUUCCACAAUGCAGUGAGGUUUUUUUUAUAUUUCUGAUCAGGCUAUAAAAAUAUAGGCGUAUAUUAGCGUCUCUGAAAUACUAAGUGUGCCAUAGUUUUAUAUGGCUGCUAGUCUACUUUUUAUUUGGCUUCCAAGGAAAAGUCGAUAUAUGCAGAAAAUGUUUACAUUCGUUUUAUUUGAAUAAAAAUACUUUAUGUUUAAGAACCAACUGUUUCAAAAUGCACGUUUGAGUAUGAGUUUCUAAACAUGAAAUAUACAUAGUCUUUUCAGAAAAACUUCAUUAUUGGUCAACUUUUAAUUUUUGGCGGAAAUGCGAAAGAAUAUAAUAUUAUAAUGGAAAAUUCGCGUGCAUUUUAGCUUAACUAAUGACUCGAGAAAGCGUUUAAGAUGACAACGUUUUGGUUCAAGUUUAUUUAUAUUGCAUUGUAUACCAGUAUUAUACAAAAUUAUGAAAAAAAAUAUAAAAUCUAAGAGGCAAAUACGAGUGAAAUAUUUUCUGCAUAUUUUGAACCACUCAGUCUUAUACUUAGAUAUUAUAACGUGUAUUCCUUUUUCAUAUCAUUCGUAUGCUUAAGAUAAGAUUUGUAUGAGAUUUGCACACGAUCGUGGAGUGAAAUGAUACGUAAUAAAAUCUUUUUAACAAAAAAAUUCAACCGACUUCAAAAUCAUAAAAAUAAACUAAAAAGCGAAAAAUAACAUCAUAUGUGCUACCUUCUGAUCACUUUAAGGCGGUGCCAAACCAGUGACUUAUUAAUUAAAGCCGUUUCUAAAAGAACCACGGGAAAGUGGACCAGGACGCCAUUUUUCUUGAAUAAUAUUGAAAAUUACUGAUGCGACGCUUUGUGUAUGUGACUCGAGAAUGUAUUCGUUUUUGAAUUUUGUAUUUGGAUCGGCUACGACGUGUUCCGUGCGUUCUAUCAGUUUAAUCUGUAGUUUAAAACGAGGUAAAUUGAAUUGGCGAUUGUAUCGAUUUAAGAUAAGUACACUACGAUAGCGUGCAAAUUUCGUAAAAUAAUAAAUGGUGUGGUAAAUGAUUGUUAAGAAACAGAGUGAGUGUUAUAUCAUAAUGUAAAAGAUGGACCAUUAGACAAUAGAGGUUAGAAAAUUGUUUGAACAUUGAGGGACGUAUUAAUUCGUUUAGGAUGACUUUUUAGCUAGUAGAUACGUUCGAUCAAUUUUCACUUCUUCCAUGUAAUUGCGUUUUUAAUUAGUUUAGCUUAGGCGAGUACUUGUUAGUUCUAGCACUCACGGAAUUGAAAUAUGUCGAUGCUUCCAAUAUAUAGACACUUUAUUGUACAUAACUAUAGUUAUUAUAUAUCUAUUUGCAAUAAUGACCCCUUUGCAAUAGAUGAAAGUGAUCAUUGUUACAUGAAUUUUAAUAUGCGAUGGGGUCAUAACAUAUGUAUGUACUCAUAUAUGUGACAUAAUACGUAUUUUUCGCUUCUGGCACACGAGAAUUGAGGCUUAUGUGAUAUUGACCAUAAUGGCAAAGCAAAGGAGAAUGUCCAAACUUAUGAUGAUAACUAUUGUAACAAAUCUUGAUCAGAAGUUACCUUUACAAGUGAAAUAUGUUGUUUAUAUAUUUCUAACCUCAAAGUAUAGACGAAAUCGUGGAAUUGAGCAUUUUUUUAAAUUCUUACUUCUUAUUGUGUUGUGUUUAUCACUCUUGCAAAAUUUUCACAAGUCUUUGGACAGGCUCCUUUGGUGCUAAAACACCAAAAUUUAAAAACGUAACUUUAUUGGUGCUUCAUCGCCGAGGCAACAAACGCGUAUGGAGUGUAAGAAUGUUAUUAAAAUGAUCAGAUACUUUUAAGUUACCUCCUUGACAGUUAGUAAGGAUUAUAGAGAAUCUAUAAGAGCUGGUACCUACUAGUAUUUUUUAACUAUUUUUUUUUUCUUGGGUUUUUAAGAAAUAUUGCUAAUCCCCGUGAAAAACUGCAUCUUUGGGAGGUGCAACAUGCUUUGACAAUGUUAUUGUGUUGUUUCCUAUAUACCUGAGGAUCUAUCUAUCUAGAUGACAUUGUCGAACCGAAAAUUUCCCGUAUUUACGUCUGUUUCCAUUAAAAUUAUUACAAAUAUGAGAUUUUAAUUUCAGUGUAUAAGUUAUAUUACUAAAUAUUUCUGCUCAAUAUUAUCGAUUCUCUAACAGGGUACGAGUUUGUUGCCUCCCAUAAUGCAUAAAGUAACCAUUUGUAAAGAUUCCUAAUAGUGUAAAUGCGUAUUCGCGUAGAUUUAAAUCGAUUCCACAUAUAUACAAGGAGAAUAACGUUUAUGGGUAAAUGUAAUCUCCGUCCAUUGAUAAAGUUACUAACUGUGACAAAUAAACGUGUUUAAAAUAGCUGGUUAUAUUACACAGUUCCUUCUAUACACACACAUGUUUGCGUAUAACGAGACGCUCGACUAGAUUCUACACGACACAAUUACUUUGUUUCUAUAACUAUAACGAAAAUCCUAAUAUAAAUUGCUCGUCUCAAUAAGAGCUUUAGACUCUUCUUCUUUCCUGGGAGUUUAACGAGACUUUACAUUCUACACGACACAAUUACUUUGUUUCUAUAACUAUAUAGAAAAUCCUAAUAUAAAUUGCUCGUCUCAAUAAGAGCUUUAGAUUCUUCUUCUUUCCUGGGAGUUUAACGAGACGACAUUCAACACGACACAAUUACUUUGUUUCUAUAACUAUAUAGAAAAUCCUAAUAUAAAUUGCUCGUUUCAAUAAGAGCUUUAGGCUCUUCUUCUUUCUAAGAGUUUAACGAGACUUUACAUUCUACACGACACAGAUACUUUAUUUCUAUAAAGAAAAUCCUAAUAUAAAUUGUUCGUCUCAAUAAGAGCUUUAGAAUCUUCUUCUUUCCUGGGAGUUUAACGAGACUUGACAUUCAACACGACACAAUUACUUUAUUUCUGUAAAGAAAAUCCCCUAAUAUAAAUUGCUCGUCUCAAUAAGAGCUUUAGAUUCUUCUUCUUUCCUGGGCGUUUAACGAAACUCUUGACAUUCUACACGACACAAUUACUUUAUUUCUAUAAAGAAAAUCCUAAUAUAAAUUGCUCGUCUCAAUAAGAGCUUUAGACUUCUUCUUUCCUGGGGGUUUAACGAGACUCUUGACAUUCUACACGACAAUGAUUUUAUUUCUAUUAAAGAAAAUCCUAAUAUGAAUUGCUCGUCUCAAUAAGAGCUUCGACUCUUCUUCUUUCCUGGGAGUUUAACGAAACUCUUGACAUUCAACACGACACAAUUACUUUAUUUCUGUAAAGAAAAUCCCCUAAUAUAAAUUGCUCGUCUCAAUAAGAGCUUUAGAUUCUUCUUCUUUCCUGGGCGUUUAACGAAACUCUUGACAUUCUACACGACACAAUUACUUUAUUUCUAUAAAGAAAAUCCUAAUAUAAAUUGCUCGUCUCAAUAAGAGCUUUAGACUUCUUCUUUCCUGGGGGUUUAACGAGACUCUUGACAUUCUACACGACAAUGAUUUUAUUUCUAUUAAAGAAAAUCCUAAUAUGAAUUGCUCGUCUCAAUAAGAGCUUCGACUCUUCUUCUUUCCUGGGAGUUUAACGAAACUCUUGACAUUCAACACGACACAAUUACUUUAUUUCUGUAAAGAAAAUCCCCUAAUAUAAAUUGCUCGUCUCAAUAAGAGCUUUAGACUCUUCUUCUUUCCUGAGAGUUUAACGAGACUCUUGACAUUCUACACGACAAUGAUUUUAUUUCUAUUAAAGAAAAUCUUAAUGUAAAUUGCUCGUCUCAAUAAGAGCUUUAGACUCUUCUUCUUUCCUGGGAGUUUAACGAGACUCUUGACAUUCUACAUGACACAAUGAUUUUAUUUCUAAAAGAUCCUAAUAUAAAUUGCUGGUGUCAAUAAGAGCUUUACUCUGCUUCUUUCCUGGGCCUUAACAACUACAACGGACAACUUAAACGCCCAAGUGCGGAACACUUGGGCGUUUAAGUUGUCCGUUGUGCGUAAAACUUUGGAUUAUAAUACACUGCAUGGUAAUGCUUAGCACAUACAAAGGAAAGAAGAAUGCUUAUGACAUACCCAAACAGGGAUGCAGUUAUUAACCCCAGUAGAAGGCCGCACUCAAAAAUUAAGACGGCUUAAGGUUUAUACCACACGUAAUAGACUCUGAAAGGAAUCUUAACUCUAUCGCCUUAUGUCAUUUAUAUUUAACUUGAACUUUUAUAUGCUAGUAUUUACCAUGAGAGUUCUAUGAAAUGGUAGUGCUAAUAUUUAUAGGCUAUAGUACCUAUUUAAAAUAUGAUUAUUCUGAGUUAUUUGUCACAAAUGAAAGCAAUAAUGAACUUUAAUAAUGCCUUUUAUUCCUUUAAAGUAUUUUAGAAUUUAAAAUAUCAUAAAAUUAGAUAGUUCAUCUAAUUCUAAUACUUCAUAAUUAUUUUAUUCGUGAUUUACAAUAUAAAAAAAUACCUAACAUACGUUAUCAUAAUAAAGAACACGAUCUGUGAGUUGAAGUUAAAAUAAUCUCUUUACUAUUAUCUCCUAUAUACUAAAUCUCUGUAAACUUAAACCAUAGGUUUCUGCUGUACUUAGGUUUAUCACGUAUUCUUAGAUAUUUCAACAUGCCGCGUUCUCCCUCGUCACUUCGUCACGGAAUAAAAUGCGCGACUCGACAUAUGUCGUGAAAGAAAAAAUACACCACCAGCACUCCACCAUUCGCGACCGGACCGAAAAUAUAGUUCUCUCUUUAGUCCCAUCGCAACGAAAGAGACAGCGAUAUUUCUGGCUCGACAAUGUCUUUUACUUUCUAGAAAUAUGUUCUGUCGCGCAUCUAAGACCUUACUGGCCUGUUGUUCGUAACGUUUUUGAAUAUAUGCUUUAUAAUAAACUUGAGAAUUUUAAAUUUAUUUAAUUGAAACGAUUCAAUUAUUUAUUAUCAGUUGUUAAAAAUAGGUGCAUACAUAUAUGAUAUAAUUUUAUUUAUGAAAGUUAAUAAUAAAAGUGGUUAUCAUCGUCUUAUACAAAGAAACCUUACGAACAGCGCGUCACGUGAAAUAAUUAUUAAAUUAUAAAUAAUAUGCUCAGAUAUCAUAUCUCAAAGACGCCUAUAUGCGUAUACGUUUAAUCUCUUCGCAAACAUUAGCACUUAGGAUUGGACUGUCAUGAAAUUUUAUAUAAAACAAAUAAAUAUAUAUUUAAGGAUGCGUACAUUGGGAUAUUUUAACUUAUAUCCAAUACUAUUCCACUCUUAUUUCUAAUGGGAGCAUAGAAAAAUCUAUUAUUGAAUAAUUAUCCAAGCAAUAGUAGGUUUUAUACAAGAAGGCUAGCUCAGUCUAAUAUUUUGCAUAGAUAGAUGCAAUGCACAAAGAAAGGUGCAAUUAAAUGCUAUCAAACGAAACUAUAAGUAGUGAGAAAUCAAUAAGUGCACUUGACUAUAAGGCAGUAAUUAGGAAUUUUAUUGAGUCGAUAUCUAUAGUAUAUAGCGUAAGAUUCUAGGACCUUUUAGUUUCGUGUGAUGGUUUCAUAAUAGUUUGUGUAAACCUUAUUGUAUUAGGUAUGUUUAUAUAGGUAUUACACCACAAUACAGUUUACUAGUUUGGUACAUUUUUUUUUUGGAGUUACCAAUCUAGUAAACUGCAUUUUCUUAACCAUAUUGUUUAUCUCGCGACAUAACUAUGUGCGAGGUGGGGUUAGAUCUAGACCAUCGCUGAAAGACGGUUUAUUAAACCCUCGUCAUAUUUUUUAAUUAUUCGUCAAAAAUGACAGUGUUUUUGACGUUUGAAAAAAUUGAUUAAAAACUUGAUUUUUUAAUCAAGUUUUCUAUGACAUCCUUAAUAUCAAUCGAUAUAUAUCGAUAUAUCCUUAAUAUAUCGAUAUCAAUUGACAUUACUGAUUAGGUUAUUUAAUAUCGAUAUAUUUCCGACCUUUAUUGAACCAUUGACCAUGUAAUACACGAAAUUAAUAUUGUUUAUAUUAAAUUUGUUAUGAGUCAACUAUCCUACUAUCUUGCCCUACCACUGCUUGUACGUGAAUUCUGUUGUUUGUUUUACAAAUUCUCGUAAUCUAUGUGUUUACCCAGUUUAUUGUCUAGUAAUUUAUACAUAAAUAAUAAUUUACAUAAGACAACAUUCAAAUACAAAGUGUACAUUAAUUAUAAUGUUUUAUUUAGUUCAUAGGUAUGCUAUAGGUCAUUAUGUAUUCACCUCUUCUGUAUUCGCUAUGAAUACUCUAAAUACCGGGCUAUAUAAACGUAGGUUAAAAAAAUAUUUUGACUGGCUCAAUAAGAUUGUUAUUAAAUAUUAAAUAAUAGACUUAAGGAAGAUAUAAAAUUUCCUAUGCAUGGAAUACAUUUUUGACAUUACUAGAAACUUAUUAUAUUGGGCAAAUUAAAUAUUCUUUUUUUUUAAUUUGAGGUAGAGUUUUGUGUAUUCUGUACACAGGUAAUUUUAUGUCUCUGGGGAUAUAAUAUGUUGGGUUUUGGGUUUAGUCCGAGAGACUUUUGCUACGAAACGGUAGCACAAUUUCGGUCAUUCAGACUUAAAACCGAACUUAUUACUAAAGAGAUAGGUGACAUAUUACUAUAGCACUGAUAUACGAUUCGUCUGGUUGCCUUAUGCUAUAAUAAUAUGCUACUAUUUAUACAAUAUUGCUUAAAAUUUUACACCUAAGUCAAUCAACGCCAUCAAUUACUAGUUAAGAAACAUGCUUCCUGAUAGAUCUGACAAUAUAAAGUAUUCUGUUAUGCCUUAUCGAAGUAGUGUUACAUUAAGAUAUAUAAAAAUUGCAUGCUAAUGAAUAUAUUGUAGAUAAUGAAUUACUCGCAGUUUCUGAAAGGCUGAUUAAAAUUUAUCAAUGAUUUUAGAAUUUACACCAAUGAUCAAGGUAGCCAGGUUCUCGAAUGUGUGUAGAUUUUUUUACCUGGCAACUAAGUGGGCAUAUUCACAUUCACAGUAAUGUUUGUUUAUGAAGUGAUAAACGUGACGUAGCCUUAAAAAGGCGCUGGAUUUGAUAUCUUGUGUUUCUUCAUAGACAUAAUGUGUUAAGUUGCCAUGUAAAAAUAAUUUUCAUAUUCAUAAGCGUUUGACAAUUAACUGGCCAAAUGUUACAAUUGUUUAAGGAUUAAAUUAAUUAAACAAUGUACAAUGUACUAAUCAUUUUUUCUAAUAACCGUUUUGUGUGUGAUUAACUAACUGUUGAUUUGCAUUCCGCGUUUCUGAAACUGGGGGUUGUGAUAAUAAUUUACAAUGAUAGUGGCUCUGUUUCAUAAAAAUCACAGUUCGCCAUGCCAAGGGUCAUAUCAUACGCACAAUUUUUACCAUUGUAUAGGUAAAUGAAGCCUUAACUAAAGUAACGCAUAGGAUAGUGUUAGAAUUUGAACAACGAUUUUUUAUUAGUAUUUGCAAAAUAUGUUAUUUUACGCCCUAAAUAUAGUAUCUACUCAUAUAAUUAUGUAUUCUUAAAUUUUUUUUUCGAAUAAAAAUUCAAUAAGUAACAUAUUAAAAAAAUUAUAUAUACUCGUAUCUCCAGUGACUUGCCAUGUAAGACAGUAAAUUCUCUUUCACAGUUAGGAAAUCAAGUAUUUUCGUGCCUUUGAUUAAGUACAGUAUUUAAUGGCAGUAGGUAUGAAAAAACUGUCUGCUUUGCGAAUUAGGUACUUUACUUACCUAUAACUUUACCCUUAUCAAUCGUUUAGCCUUGUGUUUAAAAUAUUUGGUAUAUUCGAACCAACGAAAUUAAAUAAAUAUAUAAUUUAUUAUCGAUCACUUCGACUUCAGAACUGCUAUAAUGAUCAAUGCAAUACAUCUUUUUUGUAAACGAAUUAAACGUUUAUUAGGUACCUAGAUUUUUUUAUUUAUAAUUACUUUUUAGUAUCAAAAUAUACGAAAUGCUUUAUUAUACGAAUAUUGGUGAUUCUCUGAAUUAUUCUAUCCCUAAUUACUAAUGUAAUAAGUAGCUUAAGUAUAUAUACUUCGAGAUAGCAAUUCCAAUUUCCAUUGUGGUUUUAAGUCAAAACCUUAGGGAACUUUUACGUUUUUGAUCAAAAUAUAUUUUUUAUUUGUGUUAGUCUUUAAUAUAAUUUAAUUUUGGAAUAUCUUAAUGUAAAUAAGAUUGAAGUUUAUUUUUCUUAAUUCGAAGUUGUAGCGCAAAUCAAAGUUCGGCUCAAAGAAGAUAGUUUGUAGUAGGUACUCGUUGUUUUAUCAGGAUUGACGUAAAAUUAAAAUUACACAAUGCUCGUGUGUGAACUUGCCUAUAAUCAAUGUCAAAUUAUGUUUUAUUUUAUUAAAUAUUGAUUAUUAUUAUUUGGCAUACAUCGCGAAACACUGUUUAACAAUUUUGGUUGUGAUUUCUGUUAAAUAUCGCAGGAAUUCAAAAUAAAUAAUGUUCCAUUUAUACGAGUAUAUUAUGUUUCCUAAAAUACUACAAAAUGUUCCUAAUAAAAAAUAGGUUAUUUUAAUAAGUAAAUAUAUGUUGAGAAAUAACAUACAGCAAUAAUUAUAUUGAAACCAUUAGUGGAAAGAGUUAUUAUUGGUCUAAAAGUGCUGAUAGACCUGAGCAUUCUCUUCUAACAGAAAAUCGAACAUUCGCCGUUUUUAUAUUUGUUGAACUGAACAACAAGCCGAGCCAAGCAUAGAGUCAAACAUUGGUACGAACAUCUUGAGAAUUCUAGCGAACGCUCUAUUCGAUGCUCGUCGAAACGAUGACAGAAGCUUGGCUCGGCAAAAAGCUACAAGCCAUUCUGCUCGCUAGAAUCAAUCAAUCAAUCAAUUUAUUUAUUUGCAGAUACAUGCAUUAUAUAUAUACAGGUGGUCGGUAAAUGUAUCUUGCCAAUUUGGCAUGCAAAUUAUUUAUUAAGUAUUUAAUGAUUCAAAUGUUAAUUUCACCAUUUAAAAUGUUCUCGUAUUUUUUUGUGAUGUCACAUUCGCAAGAAUGCUCAUUACAAGUGAAUGCUCAAGUCUAUCAGCACCUUUAUAAUACAUAGUUCUUGGUUGGUCAACCGCUAUAGCCAAGUGGUACGAUCGCAAACGCUUCGAAAGCUAGAAAAAUAUAUAGGAAUGACAUUUGCUAGCGACAGGUCACGUGAUCAAGAUCUGUCAUUCCGAUACAUUGGGGCUACAGGGGCUGGUAGUUUGCACUAUCAGCUGUUUUCAAUAACCUAUCUUAACAACUUUGAUAAUGGUCAAUAUAAACUGUGUUGCUAACCCAACUAUUGCAGAUAGCUAAUGGACCCGGAGAGGUUAAAGUCUGACCGUUCUGAGUACCUACUUACUACUAAGAAUGUAUUUAGCGGAUUUAACUUUUGAAGUUGGGUUGUAUUUAUUUGUAUGUAUAAACAUACAAAUAUUUAAUUAGCCCUACGAAUAAACUGAAUAACACCAAUUAGGUAUAUUAUAUUCACGAGAACAUAUAUAUUAUAUUAACUUGUUUGUAUCUGCAAAAUGCAAAAUAUCUGAUUUUUAUUGAUUUAUUUUGAUUGAUUGAUUAUAUUCGAAGUUUAUAUCUGUAAUAAUAGUUAUAUAUCCGACUUAGAUGAAAUUCAGCUCGAUUAACUUAGUGUCGUCAUUCCGUCAAUCCAAUAAUAGGGAAUCGCAAAAAUGCCAGACCAAUUGAAAUUCACUAUAACUUUGACGUUUGCUACUGACUUAUGUCCUAUACUAAAUUGAGAUUUUAUGUACAAAUGUCAUCCGGUGCUUACUGGUGGAUAUCAUCAGUAGGUAGAAGACAUUUUGUCAAUUGAUUUGAUGUAUAAUAGGUUGAUAAUAAAGACAGCCAGCAAAUGUGGAUUUCCUAACAACGUACGAAGAAUAAUAUUACUUUUAAAGUAAAUAACUUUGGCAGCAAAGUAUUGUCUUCUUUGUCUACAGAUGUAUUUUAAAAUAUCAAAACUGGAUUUUGGAAAUAAUAUUUUUAUGUGUUUUUUUUUAAUUUCACGUCAAUUUCUUUCGUCUGUUAUUUUUAUGACCAGAGCUGUGACUGGCUGGACCCAGUGUAGUUUUUGUAUCAUAUCACUAUCAUAUCAUAUUAUAUAUAUAUAAAAAAUAUCAUUGUUUUCUUCACGUAAGAUUUGCUUGAGCUUCGAAUAUAUUUUAUGAGUAUAUUAGAAUUAAAAGUUUGGAUGUAUUAUGUUUCAAGAAACGUUAGAAAAUUCGGUAUUAUGAAAACUUUAAUUUAUUUUUGAUUUAAAUGUAAUGUUAUAGAUAAUAUAUUGUAAUGGUUUUAAUUAAUUAUACUUGUGAAAUGAAAAAAUAAACUAAAGCAAUAAUAAAAGAUCUGCAUCGGCCCAAGUUACGUAAUUAGAAAGGGAGGUAGAAUUAAGGGUAGCCUUAUUAGAAUAAGAGUUAAGGUUGAUCGAAACUGACGAAUGUUGAAAGUUUUACUCGUAGAAGAUUAUAGCACGGCCAGCGUUAUUGUCGCAUACAAUGUAUUAUCUUUUUUAUUUGAAGUUAAAUAAAGUUAUGGGUCUAAGUUCAGACUGA